CCAUCCUUCACCUGUCAGCCUGUGUGAGUGUGUGUAUGCGUGUGCCUCCUCGUCUGUCUACUUCUGCUGCUCAUCUUUGAACCAUAAACAGUUUAUUUGCUUCUGGAUGACUUGGACUUUGUCCUGCCUGACAUUUGCUCCUUACACUCGUGUCCUGAGCUGCCCUUUCUCGUCUGCACAGGAAAAUCAAGGCGACUGCAUCUUUUUACGUUUGCUUCACGUCUCUGAGCUGCUGUGAGGUUACCUGCAAGUGGAUUUCCUUGGCGUUUGUAGCUGGAAUUGGAGGCUUUAGGCUGUGAUUGUUUAUUUGAGGGAAAGAAGCCCGUGUGGCUGAAUAGCGUGGCAGAAUGAUGGAGGAGGUGUCCAUGGUGAUGGCCCAUGAUGCCCAUGAUUUGGAACAGAUGAGCGAGGAGAUCCUUGCUUUUCUGGUGGCUGAACCAGGACCAGCAUUAGGGGUCCCUACAAAGAAAGCUAAACUCAAGGAGGGCCGACUGCAAAUCAUGGAUAACAAAGAAGACCCUUUGGACAAAUACCUGAAGGAAAACCGCCGGCUUCAGCAGGCCAGUCUUCGCCUGGAGCAGGAAAAUGACAGUUUGGCCCACAGACUGAUCAGUAGCAAGGUUGCUCUGAGGGGCGCUCUGGACAAGGCCGAAGACCAAGUGGACAAACUAAGCAAAGACCUUCUGCAUGUCAGGCAUCAACUACAAGCUACAGAGGUGGAGAAAAGAGGAAAGGAGGAAGAAAUCACCAUGCUAAAGGAAGUGUUCCGGAGAGAGGUGGAGAGGACCGAGCAGGAGGUCAAAAGGUCUUCUGGAAUCAUUGCAGACUACAAGCAGCUCUGCUCUCAGUUGACACUUCGUCUGGAGAAACAGCGGGCCACCCACCAACGGGAGUCGGAUGCUCUCAAGAGUACGAUGAAGGCGUGCCCCAGCUGUCGACACAAUGAAGAAUCAGUCCCUCCAGAACACAACUCUGAGGAAGCCGUGCAGACAAACAGCAGAGAGGUGACUGAAAAAGACAUGGAGGACACCAACAGAGGUCCCUCACAGGAUGAUGGGAUGAAAGGGAACCAGGAGACGGAAUUCCUUAAGGCUCAGAUCACGGAACUGGAGCGGGAGCUGGUUCAGACAAAACUACAAAUGGUGGAGGCCAAGUGCAAGAUCCAGGAUCUCGAGCACCAGAAGGCAGUUCUGACCAGUGAUCUCCAGGAAGCAAAAUACAGCUGGAUCAGUAAGGCCUUCACCUCUUUACGGACCUCUGGUGGAGGAAUUCCCGUUACCAGUAUUCCCAAAGAUGUAACUCCAGCGGUGAACUGGAGCCUUCCCAGCCCUUCCGUCUCUAGAUGGAACCCUAAGAAGAUCUCAUGGCCUCACAAAGACCAUUUUAAACACCUUUGAACAGCUGGACUGUGUAUUAGAUAUUGUUUUUAAUAAACAAGAUUAUCCUGGGCAUCCUUUACUUUUCAUGUGGAUAUUAUUUAAAAAUCUGCUUGCUGCACUUGCAGAAAAGUACUUGAAAGCACACAGGUGAUGUCAUAAGUUUUUUCUUUACUGUUUAUCAUUUUGAAACAUUUUCCCUCUGAAUGUUUUAUGCUUUUGUCAGUUUUUUUAAAUAUAUCUUACAAAAAUAAAUAAAAAACUUUUGUUUGACACAA